UAUAGAAUAUAAGUGACUAUUUGGAAUGAUGUUUUGAGUUUCAAGCAAGUUACAGCAUUUGACAUUCAAAUUCCAGUAAAGUGAAAGAUAGAAGCCACAUUUGUAUGAAAAUGUGUCCAUUUUCUUUCGAAAUGUCGAUUCUAGUCAUGCACUUAUUGAAACUCAAAAUCAAUUUCUUUUGAAUUGAAUACGAAAUGUCAGCUAUCUUUGUGUAAAAUUUCCUUGAGAAAGGAUGACUUACUCUAUUGAUAUUUACAUUUUACCAAGAAUUUUAUGCAAAUCAAGAUUGUAUACACUUUAUAGGGUCUAAAAUGUAUGCUUCGAGAUGUUACAAACGAAAUGACAAACUUAAUAUACCUUCCAUACUAUGGUGAAGGAUAUAUAGAAAAAGUUAAUUUAUGCGAAAAUAAUGUGGUUGACCUCUUUCUGUGGAUUUUUUAACACUUAUGCCAUGAAAUUGGCAAUUUAAAUUCACAGGGUCUACUAAAUCCGGAAAUUGUCUUAAAUGUAAAAUAGGACUCAGGCAGUGUAACAUUUUGCAUUUGAAACUAAUAACCCGUUUUUUGUAAAAAAUUUACUUUCAAUCGAAUCGUUCGUAUUCAAACGUAUUCAUUUUAGUAUGUGUUUUAAUAAAAAAAAAUUUAAAACUCUGGUCCAUUUACGAAAAGCUUUGAUAUGUCAGGGUUUCCAUAACCAUUAUUUUUUUUAUUUUAUUUCAUUAGGAGUUGUGCUGAUUGUGGCAACCCCAAUUAAUUCAAAAUUUAUCACAUUUGUAAAAUUACAUUGAAAAAUGUCAAGAAAUCAUGGUCCUGCAAGAUCCGCAAACAUAUAGUUGAUAUGACAAAAUUGUUCAUAUAUAAAUUCCCCAUCAUACACAUACAAUUUUGGCGAGAUUCUGUAACUAAUAGCCCAUUUCUGUUCGAAACGAUAGGUCUCCUCCUCCUAUCGUUUUUUUGACAUUUUCGUUCGUUUUUUCGUUACAAAAACCAACAAUGCAAGGAAAAAAGUUUAUUGUGUUUGUCACUAACAGAAAAAAAACAUGCACUACAAAAACCCAAAAUAUAUUUUCUUUAGCCAAAAGUCAAAACGAAAAGAAAAAACACUGUUACAAAAACAGGCUGUUUCGCGGUUUCCCAUCUCGCUUUGAAGUUUCAAUCGUUUUUAGAACAUUCUAGUCAUUGUUCUGCUACUGUUCUCACCUUUGUUAGAACUAAUACAAGUAGAACUAAUACAAGUGCAAAAAUUAUGAUUCAUUAAUAAUUUUGUCUGCAUGCCUAUGACGGAGAAGCUCGUGGCUGUCGCCUCAUUGAAUACAAUAAUUGAUACAAAUCUUUAAUUUGCCCUCCCUUUCAUGUAUGAUCGAAAAUGAGCUUUCUUAACCAAAGAACAUAUUUGCUGCAUUUUUAGACAAACAAUGAUUGAAAGUUACAUGUCGAUGUGCAAACAAUCAACCCCACCAGCAAUACUAAAAAAAGUGAAAUGAGACAAAGUGUUAUUGCACAAAACGCAGUAAAAACCAUAAUAAAGAGAUGAACCACAAACAUAAUUGAAAGCGAGUGGGUUGUGUGUUGAUAUUUUGAUGUUGUUUGGCGGGUAAAUUCCCGUUUACUGUUCUCUCCACAACAAUUAACAGAGAAAGAGCGCCAGGGAGAUAAGAAACAGCCUCUAACAAGAUACUGUUAAGCGCUCGCAAAGAGGAAGAAAAUCAUUCUCUGUUGUUAUUUAAACAGUUAGACAACAUUGUGGAAAGGGAUGAACAGAACAACACCGGCAAAUCAAACCAUAUCUCAUAAAGAGAGAGAGCACAAUAGACGUAUUUGUCAAGAGAGACAAAAACAGCUGUUGUUGGCUGCAUUACACAGACAUUGAAAAAUUUAUUUGUUUUACAUAUCGAAGAAGUGUCGGGACGUCAAUUACUUUGGGGAGAUGAUGUUCUGUUCUGUUAACACAGACAAAGUGGUUUCAACAUUUUCGUUUUCUUUGUUUGGGGGGAAAUUGAAUGUGCCAAAACGAAAAAGUGUGCGUGUGUGUGCGUAUGACGAACUAACUAAGUGUGUGUGCCUCUGUUAAAGAAUUUCACAACUAAGAUGUGACGUUAAAAUUGUGCCACCUCUCUUGUGGCGAUUAAUGGCAUAUUAUACGCCAAUAAUAAUUUAAUAAAUAAAAAAAGAUUGAUUAUUAGUUUCUUUUUGAAAUACAUCGGCUAAAGCAGAAAUAAUGAUAAAAGUGUCUAAAGUGCGAGUUUUGAGAAUGCUGCUGCGUUAUCAUCAACCUAACACAUUUACUUUAACCUCACUUAUAUGCACAUUUUUGGCUGCCCUGGUCAUAAUACCCUCGACACCGGCGACAUGUUAUGUCAUAAACCCCAACAGCUUAACAGAGGCAAGGCAAAAAUCACUGAACUCACCGCAGAUGCCACCACAAUCGCCACUGACAACAAAGGUCAUAUUCGAAAGCCCAAGUGUUGAGAACAUUUUCAAGGAUUUCAUUGUCUCAUCGAAACCUCUUACGCUACGAAAAUACUCAACACGCCCAAAGACAAAGAAAACUAAAAAGGAUUCACGCAUCUAUUACAUACCAAUACCACCAAUGCCAUAUCGUUUUAUACCCGGCAUUGGCUACGACUAUCAACCCAUGAAAAUUAAACCACUACUUGUGGAACCAUCAUCGCUGCCAGAGGUGCCUGUGACAACGGACUAUCCUAGCUAUGAAAGCUAUGGUGGCGCCAUUCAAAAUCCCUACAAAAAUUAUCAACAACAAUUGCAGAACUCGUAUCUUCAGGCCGCCUUAUCUAGUCAAUUGCAUCCGCACCAACACCAAACGAAGCCACCACAGUAUGAGCUCCCUUCCAGAAUUCCCUCGUUUGUAGAGACAACAAAAAUGCCCACAACUUCCUCAAUAUCCACAUCCUCACCCAGUGUGGCCGAAAGCAAAGUUUAUCGUUUGGAUCGAAAUGAUUAUUACUUCAAUGGACGGCCGUUUAGACUGCAAGUGGCCCACGCCGGACCGAAAUCCAAGUUAACGCCACAAAAUCUUAAAUCUUCAUUCUAUUUUAAUAAAAAUAUUAUUUAUUAAGUUUUCUAUUUUAAUUUACUUUAGUGUGUUAACUAAAAAUUGACGAA